GAGAGUGGAAGGCGGUCCCUCGAGAGUAUAGUAGUAAGCAUUCUUGUGAGGCGACGACAUUUUUUAGCUAUGGAAGGAAAAAUUUUGGGCAAGGAGGACAUGAAAGGACAAAAAAGAGAUUUUUCAUGCCAUCCUUCGUCGUCGCAUUUUUCUUCUAAAAAUGGUAAAAGACAACAAUAAAAACAACAAUAAAACCAACAAAAAAUUUCCCGCCCACUAUGGCCACAAACAAAAUUUUUUUUGGAGACGAGAAAAGGGAUAUUAAAUUGGCAUGGAUAUUUUUCUAUUGGUCAAUUAUUCUGUUCUUUUUUAAUCUGGUAAAAUUUUGGUAAGUAAAUAUUUAAAAAAUUUUUAAAAAUUAGAAUAUUAAGUAAAAGUAAAUUUGCGGACAAAAAAAAUUUUUGCGGACAAAAAAAAUUUUUGCGGACAAAAAAAAUUUUUGCGGACAAAAAAAAUUUUUGCGGACAAAUUUUUGCGGACAAAAAAAUUUUUGCGGACACCAAGCUUCCUACAAUUAGAAUCUUUAAAAAAAUAAUUUUUUUAGUACCAUAAGGUAUAGGUCACGUUGCUGAAUAAGGAUUGUUUGCCUUUUUUUUUACAAUUUUUAGUUUGUCCGCAAAAAUUGUCCGCAAAAAUUGUCCGAAAUAUAGAAAAAUGGAAAAUUUUUUUCCUAUUUUUAGAAUUUUCAACACCAAUUAUUUAAAAUUAAAAUUUAUUUAUGUUUACUGCUUCAAGAAAAUUUAGUAUAGAAUAUUUAUUAAAUAAUAACAACAAUAAUUUAAAAAAUAAUUUUUGUCCGCAAAAAAUUUGUCCGCAAAAAAUCUGCGGACAAAAAAUUUGUGGACAAAAAAUUUCUAAUAAUAAUUUUCAAUAUUUUAAUAAUAAUAAACAACAACAACAGCAGCAACAAAAUAAUUUUAAAAAAUUGUCAAAAUUACAAAAGAAACGUGUUUUAUGCCAAAAAUGUUCAAAAACAUUUUGCGAUAAAGGAGCAUUAAAAAUACACAAUAGUGCUGUACAUUUGAAGGAAAUGCAUAAGUUUGUUUGAUUUUUUUUAUUUUUGGGGAAAAUUCUUUUUUUAAAGAGGGUCUGUUUUUUGGUGUUUUUUUUGGUCUUUUAU